AUGUCCAACAGGGUGGCAAACUCAAUCCUGUCUGGUGUUCUGAAGGUCACUGGCUUUGUCACAAGCACCGUGUUGAACUCCAAACCAGCACAAAAGUUUUUCAAGUUAAUGCCUGGCGAAGUUAUUCUUGCUUCACUUGAUGGAUUUGGGAAAAUAUGGGAUGCUGUAGAAGUGUCUGGCAAGAAUGUGAUGCAGACAUCAUCAGUCGUGACAACUUCUGUUGUAACACACAGAUACGGUGAGCAAGCAGGGGAAGCCACACACAAUUACCUCCACGCUACAGGAAAUGCUCUCGGAGCUGCGUGGGCUGUAUUCAAGAUUAGGAAAGCACUCGACCCUAAGGGUAAUUUGAAGAAGUCAUCUUUUGUCAGCCAAGCAGCGCACACUGUAGCUAAAGAAUCAAUUGCGAGGCAAAAGAAGAACGUCACACACACACUCGAGCGGCCGCGGUCCCGCGGAGGCGCGGACGGCGGACCACAGCUUCCUGCGGCCGGGCCCCUGUCAGUCUGUCACAGCGCCGCACACAGAUCAAAAUUGCUGCCCGCGCGCGCGGCGCCUCCACCAGAUCCGAUGCACGCAUCGCGGAGCCACCUGCCCACGUUCGGCGAGUCCCUCCUCCGCCUCGUGGCCGCCUGCCGCGCACCCGCCCACCUCCCAUCCCUGCGCGCUGCGCACGCGCGCCUCCUCGUGCUGCUCCACCCUUCCCACCCAUCCGCCGCACACGCUAGCGUCAAGCUCAUCCAAGCCUACGCCGCCUGCUCCGCUCUCCGCUUGGCACACGCCGUGCUCGAGUCCUGCUCCUCCCCCGGCGGCAGCAGCAGGACCACCACCGUCUGCUUCAACGUACUCAUUCGCGCGCUCACCGCCGCCUCUCUCCACCGCGAUGCGCUCGUCCUCUUCGCCUCCAUGCGGCCGCGGGGCCCCGCCUGCUUCCCCGACCACUACACCUACCCGCUCGCGCUCAAGUCGUGCACGGCGUCAAACGACCUCCUCCUCGGCCUCCAGAUCCAUUCCGCCGUCGCCAAGCUCCGCCUCGACGCGAACGCCUACGUGGCGCACUCCGCGAUCUGCAUGUACGCGCGGUGCGGCCGCCCGGAGGACGCGUACAGGGUGUUCGACGGAAUGCCGCACCGGGAUGUCGUCUCCUGGAACGCUAUGAUCGCCGGGUUCGCGCGCGCGGGUCUGUUUGACCGUGCUAUUGAGGUUUUUAAGCAGUUUGUGGUGCUGCAGGGUUCGAUGCCGGAUGCUGGCACCAUGGCAGGCAUCUUGCCGGCUAUGGGGAAUGCCAAGUCAGAUGACAUUGCGUUUGUGAGGGGAGUGUUUGACCAUAUGCAGUUUAAGGAACUUAUCUCUUGGAAUGCUAUGCUCGCUGUAUAUGCUAACAAUGGAUAUCAUGUUAAGGCUGUUGAGCUUUUCAUGCUGAUGGAAAAGGAUGAGGUUGAGCCAGCUCUCAGCAUUUUCAGUGGGAAAACGGAUUCAUGGGAUUAUCAAGAGGAAAAAUAUGUGUGCCCUAACUUGUUGCUUGAAAAUGCUCUCGUGGACAUGUAUGCAAGCUGUGGAUGUUUGAAGGAUGCUAGGGAGGUCUUCGAUUCCAUGAGUGUACGGGAUGUGAUAUCAUGGACUUCAAUCAUAUCUGCUUAUGGAAAGCAUGGUCAUGGAAGAGAGGCUGUUGAUCUUUUUGAGAAGAUGCUAGGAGAGGGGCUGAAACCAGACUCUAUUGCCUUCGUUGCUGUUCUAGCAGCAUGCAGCCAUGCUGGCCUUUUGGAUGAUGGAAAGCGUUACUUUGAUUCUAUGACUUCCAGGUAUCAUAUCACUCCAAAAGCAGAGCACUAUACUUGCAUGGUGGACCUUCUCGGCCGUGCUGGAUGUAUAAGCGAGGCAUAUGAUUUCAUCACAACAAUGCUGAUCGAGCCAAAUGAAAGAGUCUGGGGAGCCUUAUUACAAGCUUGUCGAAUUCACUCUAAUAUGAACAUUGGACUCGUGGCAGCAGACAAUCUGUUCAGAUUGGUACCUGAACAAACAGGAUACUAUGUGCUGUUAUCUAAUAUGUAUGCUAGGGCUGGGAGAUGGGCAGAUGUUACCUCAGUGAGAAGUGUCAUGGUGAAUAAGGGUAUCAAGAAAUUUCCUGGUACUAGCAUUGUCGAGCUAGGGGAUCGGGUUCACACAUUUCAUAUUGGUGAUAGAUGUCACCCACAAUCUGAAAUGAUCUAUCAGAAACUGGAUGAGCUACUGGGCAAAAUAAGGAGAAUGGGUUAUAACCCAGAGGUAGAGGCUACACUUCAUGAUGUUGAAGAAGAAGACAAGGAGGGCCAUCUUUCUGUUCACAGUGAGAAAUUGGCGAUUGCAUUUCUCCUUUUGAACACUGGUCCAGGCACAACUAUCAGGGUGACUAUGAAUCUCAGAACCUGUAGUGACUGUCAUCUUGCUGCAAAGCUGAUUUGGUAA